GACAUCGUCAAGGAGUGAAAUCAACUUGUUGUAACAUAAAUUUGUAACAGAAGAACCACCUGUCAGACAAAAAGAGCAGCAGCAAGGCAAACUUGUAAUACACUCCCACCUUCAUUACUUACAAACGCAAACGCACAGAAAAUAUGGCCUUAUUGAAUAUCCUGUGGGCCAUAAUUAUUUUAGCAUGUUGGAGCGAUAGUUUUAUGGGCUUGAUGGUUGCUGCAGCCCCUUCACAACAACUUCAACAACAACAUUCGGCCUUUGGGUUGUCAUCCCGUCAUGGUAAUUCGAUGAUGAUUGGCGGCGGCGGUGGUGAUGUUGGCGGUGGAAUGGGAACUGCUGGUGGCGGUGGAGGAUUAUCCAUUCCAGGAAGUAUAUCAUACCAACCACAUGAUUCAGAGGAACUGGAAAAGGCAGUCUAUGAUCCUGGUGAUGAACUUCUACAUGCACUUAAUUCCGAAGCAGCAGCAGCAUUAGCAGCCUCUAGCAACGAUGACCUUGAUUCUGACGAUGAUGACGACGAUUAUAUCGAUAAGGCUAUCAACGAUUUGGCAAUGCCAGAUAAAUUUGAAUUACUCCGAAAGCUAGAUGAGGAUAUAAAAGAGGAACAAGAUAUUGUUAGCAAAUCGGCUUUACUUAUGAAAUUUUUAGAGGAUCCAACAAUCGAAACAUUACCGGUGGUUUAUGUUGAAGAAAAUCUAAAUCCAGGUGUGGACACUAACAAUUUAUAUCCUCUUAUAACUGGAAUGGAAAAAAGGUCAAGAUAUUAUAGAAGAUAUCCAUGGAAACGACACAGCCGAAAUCGAGGCAGUAGCUAUGAACCGGAAAUUCGUUAUGCCUGCACCCCAAGCAAGGAAGAUGUCUUCAAACUUCUCGUCGGCUUACAUGAAAAUCGUAAUGGAAAUCAACAUAAAACUGUUCAUUUCUGUAAUCGCAAACGGCCCGCCAAAGCUAUAUUCACAAAUAUUCGAUUUCUUGGUUAAAACUGAUCAUCAUUAUGGCGAAUUAAAAACUGACGACAAUCUGACUUCAUGAGCUAAAAAUUAUGAGAAAAACAAAGAAUACGCAGAAUAAUUAUCUUAUGUUUUAACUGAAAUAAGAAAAACAUUGUUUUUAUUUUUUUCAAAAAACAACAAUUUUCAUUUCUCCAUCAUUUUUCCUUUCUUACAAUGUAAAUUAUUAUGAAUUAACUCAAAUAUUUGACUUUAAAAAAUUGAAAACUAACUUUUUCAGAAACGUACAUAAACAUAUGGAUUUUUGUUUGUUUUUGAAAAUAAAUGCAGUAUUGUUACCUUUCAUAUAUGACAACUUGAUAAAAUCUAGAUAAAUGUAAACAAACAUUAUAAAUAUUAUAAACAAAACAAAAUAAAUUAAACUUAAAUUUGAAUAAACAAAUAACACAAAAAUUCCAUUCCAUGCACAGCAAAAUUACUUGUCUUCUUUUCUUCUUACGAAAAUUAUACCUUCAAAAACAAAUUCAAAGAAAAAUUAAAUAAAAUCUUAAUUUUUGUGUAAAUUUAAGUGUAAAUAUAUAUAAAAAAAUUAAACACUAUUUGAAAUAUAAAAUGAAGAAUAACAAAAAGUUGUAAAAGUCGUGGCAUAUCAAAAUAGUAACUAAAAAUUAAAACAAUUUCAAACAAAAUUUUAACAAAGUUAAAGUAAAUUGUUUUAUGUGUGCGUGUAUACAUUUAAAAAAAUUUAAUCUUAAAUAAAAUAUAAACAACAAAAUCAAUUAAUUAUAUAAAUGUGAAAAAAGAAAUAAAAGUAAUAAAAUAAAAAAAUAUA